AUGGAACCAAACGCCAGCGGGAGCACAGUCAAGAAGCAGGAGGAUGCCCCCGAAGACAGCAAGCCCCCAAAGCAGGACGUCAAGCCCGUGGUCAAGACCUUGAAUCGGGUUCCCAGGGCCUGUAAUGCGUGUAGGAAACAGAAAAUGCGAUGCGAAGGGGCAGACAAUCCCCCCUGUCGUCGGUGCCGGCACGCUGGAUUGGAGUGUCUCUUUGAAAAGCCAUCGAGGGAAGCAACUUUAACUGGCGAGGCGGGCCUUGAGCGCAUUCGCAGCCUAGAGGCUCAUGUCGCCGACAUUCGACAUACCCAGACGUCGAUGCACAACAUUCUGUCAGAAAUUGUCAGUCACCUACGCAAUGGCGCUUACCACGCCCGCUCGCCAUCUGCGUACCCACAAUCGUAUCACAAUCAAUCCCCCAGCAUGCACUCUCCGUCACUGGCUACCCCGCCUGCUGGCCAUCAACAUAUCAAUGAUAUGUCGGGCAGUAGCUCUUCCAGUUCGUUCUCUUCUACUCACAGCGCUAUGAUCACUCAACCACAGCGUCAAGCUCGCGGCCCCAUGAGCAAUCAGUCGUACCAGAGCCCGCAAACAGGCCCCAUAUCGCCAACCGUCGAGUAUCACCCUCCACAGAUACCUCCGUCGUCUUACGCGUAUCAGACGGCUCCACAACAACAACAACCCUACCCCGCCAACGCCGCCAACAAUAAUGCUCCCGGCAAUCAGGGACAAGUCCUGCCACCAUUCUCAAGCAUUUCGACUACUAUGGGUCCCCCUGCACCCCAACAAAGUAACGUGCGAUAUAAUCCCGGUGACAGCGGUCGUCCACCCAGACCUCAUUCGUCAGCCACUAAACGACAUGCACCACCCUCGUCCAAUGUCACUAGCGCUGACUCAUCUGAUGCGGAAGACGAUGACAAUGGGGAGCUACCUGCAUCUGGGUUGGUCGCACCAUGGGAAGUUCUAAGGGGACUAGCCGAUGUCGCUAUUCGCCGUGCCGCUAAGGAUGCUGGUGAAAGUAGUGAACCUCAGAGUCGUACCAGAACGCCGUCACCCGAUCGACAAAUGCGACCAGCAAAGCGCAGAAAAAUACGACAUAAAGGGCCGAGCUUCCCUGAUGUGGUCACUAAGAACAUUAUCAGUGAACACGAUGCAAGAGAACUAUUUCGCAUAUUCUACCACGGCUGCUCGACUUUCUUGCCUGUGUUCGACGCCAAUACGGAUACGUAUGAGGCGCUUCACGAACGAUCACCAUUUGCCGUGGACUGCAUCUGCAUGGUAGCAGCUAAGGUUCGCGACGGUGGCGGUAAACCAAGCGAAGCAUACAUUAAAUGCCUCGAUGAAGUCCAGAAGAUAUCUUGCGCGACUUUGUUUUCUCCAGUUACCCGCCAUGAAGCAGUUCAGGCUAUGAUUCUAGUGUCUGGGUGGUCUGAUAAUGGUUGGCUUAGCGGAGGUCAUGCCAUUAGGAUGGCCAUGGAAUUAUCUAUGCACAAGGCCUGGCCGCGAUUAUACCGGCGAAUGCAGACUAACAAAGUGAACACGGUGGAAGAUCGCAAUCUGGUCAUCGCAUCGCGAACGUGGUUCUGCCUCUACCUCUUCGAGCACCAACUCUCGUACGGUACCGGACGACCAGCGGUCUUGAAAGACGACGAAAGCAUUGCGGGGUGCCGCAUGAUGCUGCAACACCCACUGGCCAUCGAAGAUGAUAUGCGACUAGUCUCAACGGUCGAAUUGAUGGCUUUACGAGAGCGCCUGAACAACCAGAUCAUCAACCCAGAUGGGCCUCUCAACGAAGCUGCUUUUGCUGCCCUCCGUGACGGCAGCACCCAAUUCCAAACUUGGUUUGCCACUUGGGACCAAGCAUUCUCCCAAAAAUACGAAGACGCUGCUUUUUACCGUCAAAGUUUGCAAAUUCAGCAAGUUCAUGCGGAGCUUUUCCACAACGCCACAGCGCUUCGAGGUAUUAAUGGACCUGACGACGUUCAGAAAAUGCCACCCGUUCAGCGUGAAUUGGCAAUGAGGUCCAUCCAAAUUGCUCGCCAGGGUCUCGAUAUUACUGUCAAUUCACCUUCGUAUAGGGAGGGGAUGAAAUAUGCUGUCCAUUAUACCCAUGCAACUGCCACCUUUACGGCAUCGUUUCUGUUGCGUUUAUCUCGGCUCUUUCCAAAUGAGUGCAAUGUUCAAGAAAUUCGAAGUCAAGUCGAACGCCUCGCGGAAUUAAUGUCCCAGAUACCGGCUAAACGCUAUGCCCUAACCUUACAAGUCAUGCUGAAGCGUGCCAAAAAGCGGAAGGAUUCGCAAUCGCUCUCGCCCAAGGCUACCCGUGAUCCCCAGCAACGAAUGCCAGUGCGCGUUGAUCACUCGGGCGGAGUUCCUGUUCAGCAUCGGCCAGUCGAGAAUUUCUCGCCAACGUACGAACAUGCCGCGUAUCCUCCCGAGAUGCAGGCGCAACAGCACAUGCAUCAAUCGCAUCAUCAUGCUCAUCAUCAUCCUGAUGCUGUGAGCCAGAUGCAUGGUCAUCACACCCAUCCAAUGCACGGACAGCCCCAGCUUCCCAUGACUGCUGAUGCCGAUAAUAUUUGGCGCUCCUUCAAUAUGACCUCGAACGAACAGCUGCCUGUCUGGGUGUCCGAUCAGACGCUUGGCGGCAACGCAUUCACGCAGAGCGGGAUGGAUGCUUUCCUGUUGCCCACGGAAUACCUACCCGGUCCAACCAUCUGGUAA